GCCAAUCAUCGAUAAAUAAACCGAUUUAAUUACAGCUGCUCCGUUGUUAUUGUUUCGUCAAUUUAAAUAAAAUUAAUUUUUACGGCUAAAUGACGGCCAAUUUGUUAAAUCUAAACGUGGACACGCUGUUUGAGCAGCACAGCGUGUCCGAGAUAGACGCGGUGCACAAAAAGAUCCAGUCGGUGGUGGAGAACAAGCGCGAGGAGCUGCGCACCCAUGUCGGGGAGCGGUACCGCGAUCUUCUGCAGGCGGCAGACACCAUUGCGGCAAUGCAAACGUCAGCCGGCACACUUAUGGAGCAAGUGCAGCACGUGCAGGCCAAUUGCCGCAGUCUGAACGAGCAGCAGCUCCUGGGCUUUCAGUCUACUGCCAAUGCAAGCGCUAAAGAUGCCGCACUGCAGGAGAGGAACGCCGGAAAGAAGCUGCAGACCUAUUACGGUACCAUGGCUCAGAUCAAGUUGCUCACUGCCCUGCCGGAACUUAUCUGGACGCACUUGGACAACGAUCGCUUCUACGCCGCCACCGAGCUGUUCAUCUUCAGUCGGCACAUAAGUACGGGCUUGCAACUGGAUGGCCAGAGUGCCCUGAUGCAGAAACUUCCGGUUGCGCGAAAGCAAUGGGAAAUCCUGCGUCCCUUCCACGUGACCAUCAAACAAGCCAUACUGACCGCACUGGAGAGAGAGGAACUCCUACCCGAAAUGGCUGUUGACUGCCUGCAGAGCCUUCUCUUGCUAGACAAAAGUGAUCUCAGUGCUGUCCUGAAAUCCUUCUUGAACCUGCGCUCUUCAGCUUUUCUGAACUGCCUGCAAAGCGGACCAUCGGAGUCACGUCGCGUCAAGGAUCGAAUCCUGGCUAGCCUAAACGUGCUUAACAGCACCGUGGACCUGCUGGACAAGUGUCUUUUGGGUGACAGCCUUCUCUUUAGGCGCCUGGAGGAAUGCGCCUCUUCUACGUGUCCACCCAGCAUCAACCGAAUGGAGAGUAGCGAGCGCCAGCUCGUUCAUCUUUUACCCGAUAUCAUCGCCUGUUUUAAGCCACAAUUUGAGGUCCCUCAGCUAGCACCUGAGCAGAUGGGUUCUUCACUCCAACAAUGGCUAGAUAAAAUGAAUGCUUUGGCAGCGGCACACUUGCAGCAAGUCUUUGCACUAGUUAGCAACAUGCAGACGAUUCAGGAUAUUAAAUCAGCGGCCAGGACUAAUGGUCGACCGGACUUUGUUCGCCUAGAAAUGCAACUGCAUCUAAAGCAUAGCCAGUUGGACUUCUACGCCCGAAAGUACGUGCCGUUGAUCAACGCCAGAGUGCGAGAGAUAAUCCGCAGCAGCUGGGCGUCCGCUAUGAAGCAGACCUACGAACAGGUACUCCUGCUUAUCGAAUCCGGACAGUCGCAACCGCCUCAGCAAAUUUGGCGAGAGCAGAGUGAUGAUUUACCUUUAAGCUUAGCGGCAGCGCUCAGCGAUCAACCAAAGCGACUGGCUAAUAGGACAAAGGGAUACGAUGGCGCUACAAUAGAACUGUGUAAACGUUUUGACUCACAUCUGGCGGAUAUCGUCCAGGAGCUAAAUGUGAUGUUACAGGAACCAACGACGAGAGUUGAGGACAAGGUUUCACUCAUCGAGUUCCUGCGCAAAACGGCCGAGGAGCAGUUGACAGAGUAUUUGACCAACUUAAAAGGACUACAGCUAAGGGAACGGCCUGCUUUGCUCCUAGCUUUGCGAAAUAGUCUCGCCUUGGUGGAACUGUGCCCCAAUUUAAAACUGUGCUUCUGUCAACAGUCCAGUUGGCGGCAGUGGACUGACAAUUCGGCGGGAAUGGGAAUCGAGCAUUGGCAGCGCAUUUGCGGCCUGAUCGAAGAGGAGAUGCUAUCCUUUUGGCUGCUUAUUGUUGACGAUGUGUUGGCCGGCCACAAUUGCGAAGAGAAGCUGCCGAAGGUCAUUAAUCACGAAGUGGUUCUUAGCGAUUUUGCGCUUUGGCAGACCUUAACACUGGAACAGCGUGACGAGGACCAGGAGCAGAGUGUUCACUCUACCAUUCGAAUCCCCAGUCAGCCGCGACUUUCUCUGCAGACGUAUCUUCAUCAGUUAAUUCAGGCGUUGAAUUUGGUUGUUCCCCAAACUCUGCCACCCAAAGUAUUGCAAGCAUUCAUCCAGCGCCUCAUAGGAAAACUACUUUGCCACUACGAACGAUUGGCCCAUGCGGAUUGCACCAAAGCCAGUCAGAAUAUUGCCCUGCAAUUAUACUUUGAUCUUAAGUUCCUGGAGCGCGUGUUCGCCAUUUCACGUGAGGAUCGGACUCUCUACGACCAGAUCCACGCCCAGCAGAACCAACUGCGCGAUUGCAUAGAUCCCUUUGAUUUCGAGCUGUUUGCCGAGCACAUAACCACGCAUGUGUCUCGAGCUGCAAGCCGUCUGCAGGGUGAACUAGGAGUGCUCACACCCUCGUCAGCUGCUCCCAGUCAGGCCGCCACAGCUGUCAGUUCUUUGGCCCAUGAGUCAGAUCCCAAUGUGCUGUGUCUGAGCUCCUCCGGAUCUACGUCGCUGUGGUUCCCUUUGCUGCCCAUUGUGAUGCCCCAAGCUGCCGGAAGAGUUACUAGCACUGAGCGGAAAUCUCUGGCACUAGAGCCAGUGGAGAAGACGGCGACAACGACGCCAACGAGGAAGUCGGGUGGCAAUGGAGCCCGCAAGGGAGACGGCAGCAAAUCCAAAUCCAGCGCGUCUUCCUUCUUCGGGAUGUCCCAGGAGUGGUUCCGCUAGAGGAUUCAAAUCAAGUGGCCUGUGAAGUGCAUUCGAGUGGAAUGCGGAUGGAAGCGCGGAGCGCCGAGCAGCAUUGUUAAGCCAGCCGAGCAUUUAAAAUGUUUAACCUAUAUCCAAACAUACGAGUACUUGUAGAACAGGCGGGCAGCGCCCAGUAAUUGUAAGAAAGUCACAUACAUUAUAGAAAUAUACACCCUGAUAUCACUUUUAAUUUCAACUUAACUCUAAAUUUGUAAUUUUUAAUGCGCUUUGAUGUUGCCACGGUUGCUAUUUCUUGCCUCCCUUCUUGCCACCGCCUGCGGCUGCCUUUUGGUCCUGUCCUUUCUUGGCUCCACCUUUGUCACCGCCGCCUCCAUCGCCGCCUUUGUUUUUAUUUCCGGAGCCUCCACCGCCGCCGCCGCCGCCUCCACCUCCGCCGCCCUUUUUCUGUGGGCAAAGAAGCACGGAAAGAUUUCGCUUUGAGCUGGGACCGAGCAAAUAACGAGCCACGGUUGUUUAAGGUUGCGCAGCGAAGUCAGUAAAUGAGAAAAAGGUUAGUUGUGCCACGAUUGCAAUGGGGAGACCCUUAUUCCAAAGGGCCAGAGAUUCUUUAAUUACGUACAGCAGAAGCUAUUAUCCGCAUGAUAAUAUUGUAAUUAUCUUCUGUCCACUUAUUUGUGGUCUAAAACAACGUAUUUAUAUAAAUAGGUAGCACUAAAUUGUUAAGUUUAAUCUCAAAGUUAAUAAUCCUAGUGCACUUUCAAGUCCAUCUAAAGCUUUUAUUUAAUUCGGCAUUGCUUUUAUAAAUGGUUAGGAAACACAGACAUUUUUGCUUUGAAAGUUGGACAACAAAUUAUUUUAAAAUUGUGGAAAUGUAAGGAUAAAGUUAAAUAUUGUUAAAUUGCUACUUAGAAGUUUAUUGGGACCAUGAGCGGAUUGAGCAUGAGCUGGCACUAAGAUGAGGAUUACAAGUAGUUAGACUCACAAUUAGUACGCAAGUUGCAUAACACAAAUAUUGCUUACAUUGCCGCCGCCUCCACCACCUCCACCUCCUCCUCCUCCACCGCCGCCGCCUCCUUUAUUUUUACCCAUUCUAUCAACUUCUCGGAAAGGCAAUUAUUUUAUUUAUUUGGUUUAGUUUGCGGUGCUUGCUGUUGCUUUUGGCUAGAGUAAACUUAUGCCAGAGCUGGCAAAUUGCAACUAAUAAGCAGCACCAUUGCCGCAAAGCGAAAUGCAUGAAAUUAAAUCAUUUGGCCAGAAAAAGAAGGCCAAAAUGAACGUUGCGAGCAAAACACAAAUGCGCAACAGCCAACGGCGGAAGGCGGCAGGGGAAGGGGGAAGGCGCCAAUGAAUUUGGGCGGCGAUGGGAGAAGGGGAUGGGUUGGGAUGACCAGGGGGACUUGGCCCCGGGUAUAGGAAAUUUGGCUGCUAUGGCCAAUGGCUCUUAACUGAUUUAAUCAUCGCCCUGGCACCUCUCUUUGCGGCCGGAAGAAAUGGGAAGAGUUUCUCUCGCGGCGACCAUUGGAUUAUUUUGUAGUGCUUCUCCUCCAUCGCUUUUGGCUCUUUGCUUCCGAUUGCGAUUCUGUUUCGGUUUCGGUUUUGCAUUUUCAUUUGCAUUUGGCCAUAUGCGCCCAUGGCCAUGGCAUUGACAUUGGCCACCUCUCGCAUUUCUGGUCUGCGGCCAAUGGAAGGCAAUACGUCGUUAAUCCCAUGGCUCAGUCGCGAAUCCCACGGAUACGGGCAGUGCAACAAGAUCCUAUUUAUAGAUGCAACGAGAAUCGAUGGUGAUAGCCUGGGCCAAGAGAGAUUUUGGCGGAUUUCAAUCGGAAAGCAAUGGCCCAGAAGGCGAUUGAAUACGCUAAUGUAUGCAGAAAGCGAAGAAUCGGAAGAUUGAAUGAGGGAGAUAGCCAGAGACAGCAGAAUUGAUUAUGGGCUUUAGGAGGUAAUUUAAUUGGAGAAUAUGGCCCAAACAAAAGU